UAUAAGAAUCCCAACGGACGAGCUGGAAAAAAUUCUGUCAAUUUCUUUUUGACGCUAACUUUAUUGGCUUUUAUCGCUUUUUUCAUGUUGAUUGGUAAUACCAAACUCAACGGGAAUUACAAGGAUUCUACCAAUGAUGUUCGUAUUUCUUCACUUCCUGGAAUUCGCGAGUUAUACGCCGAAGAAGCAAACAAAUUCAAAAGGGAAUUUCACAAGUUAACGCUUCAAGCUACGAAGAAGGUACUCUCGCAUCCUUAUGAACUUGUUCGUUAUGGUGUUGGCGUCGAAAUCAAUAUAAACUACAAAUGGAAGCAACUUCAUUGUAAUAAAAAAACUUCCAUUUUUAAAAAUGGAGUUUGCGCCGUGGAGAAGUCGAAAAAGGCUAAAAGAAGCGCAAAUCAGCAUAAUAAAUUCAAUCGAACCAUAGAAUAUUAG